AUGCAGGCGAGAGCACAAUACAUUUCAACCGCCUCUCGGCGGCUCGUAGCGGCUUCUAGGGGUGCGUUGCGACAGCGUCAAAUUCCUCGAGCUAUCAGCUUCGCCGCUCCGCGCACGGCGGCUCUAUCCGGCUCGCCGCACUCGCUUCCUACCGUACAGGCCCGAGCAUAUUCCAAUGGCAGACCACACCCCCCGGGUGGCACCCAUCGCAUGAAUCUCGGAGGUGAACCAGAGAAACCGGCAUUAGAACAAUAUGGCAUCGACUUGACAGCGAAAGCGAAGGAGGGCAAGCUGGAUCCUGUCAUUGGCAGGUCGGCCGAGAUCCAGCGCACGAUACAGAUCCUCUCGCGCAGGACGAAGAACAACCCUGUUCUCAUCGGAAGCGCUGGUGUUGGUAAGACGGCUGUGCUAGAAGGGCUGGCGCUGGAGAUUGUACGCGGCGCCGUUCCGGAAAGCAUCAAAAAUAAGAGGGUCAUCAGCUUAGAUCUCGGGUCUCUCAUCGCCGGCGCGAAGUUUAGGGGCGAUUUCGAGGAGCGUCUGAAGAAAGUGCUGAGCGAAGUCCAACAAGCGAAUGGCGAAGUCAUCCUCUUCAUCGACGAGCUCCAUACACUUCUUGGCCUAGGGAAGGCUGAGGGAUCCAUCGACGCAUCAAACCUCCUCAAGCCCGCGCUAGCUCGAGGAGAGCUGCAAUGCUGCGGCGCCACCACGCUCGCCGAGUACCGGCAGAUUGAGAAGGACGUCGCUUUGGCCAGACGAUUCCAGCCAAUCCUAGUCAGCGAACCGACUGUACAAGACACCAUCAGUAUUCUUCGCGGCAUCAAGGACAAAUAUGAGGUCCAUCACGGCGUCCGCAUCACCGAUGGGGCGCUGGUUGCCGCCGCGACAUAUUCCAACCGCUACAUUACCGACCGUUUCCUCCCCGAUAAGGCGAUCGAUCUGAUGGACGAGGCGGCAAGCUCGCUAAGACUGCAACAAGAAAGCAAACCGGAAGAUAUUCUCCGCCUCGAUCAGAAGAUCAUGACCAUUCAGAUAGAGCUGGAGAGUCUGCGGAAAGAGAAGGAUGUCGCGAGUAAGGAACGGCGCGAGAAGCUUGAGGCCGAUCUGAAGAAGUGCCAAGAAGAAGUGAAGGUUCUGACGGAAAAAUGGGAAAAGGAGAAGGCGGAGAUCGAUGCGAUCAAGCAGGCUCAAGCAGAGCUUGACCGGGCCCGGAUCGAAUUAGAUCGGGCCCAGAGAGAGGGCAACUUUGCCAAGGCAUCCGAGCUAAGGUUCGGCAUCAUCCCGAACCUGGAGCAGAAGCUCCCAAAGGAUGGUGAGCGGGCAGUGACCGAAGGCACCUUGAUCCAUGACUCGGUAACAGCCGACGAUAUCGCCAACGUGGUCUCGAGAGUCACCGGAAUCCCGGUGUCAAAACUGACGAGCGGGCACACGGAGCGGCUCAUACAUAUGGAGGACAUUUUACGGCAAUCCGUUCGUGGCCAGGACGAAGCACUCAAGGCAGUUGCCGACGCCGUGAGGAUGCAGAGAGCCGGUCUCAGCGGCGAGAACCGGCCACUGGCAUCCUUCUUCUUCCUCGGACCCACUGGUGUCGGAAAGACGGAGCUCUGCAAGAAGCUCGCUGGCUUUCUCUUUUCCACCGAGUCCGCCGUUGUUCGCUUUGAUAUGAGCGAGUUCCAGGAGAAGCACACCAUUUCCCGCCUUAUCGGUGCUCCUUCUGGCUAUGUCGGCUACGAAGAUGCGGGUCAGUUGACCGAGGCGGUCCGGCGCAAACCCUACGCGGUCCUUCUAUUUGACGAAUUCGAAAAGGCGCAUCGCGACAUCUCAGCGCUGUUGCUCCAGGUCCUGGACGAGGGCUAUCUGACCGAUGCGCAAGGACACAAGGUCGACUUCAAAAACACCAUCAUCGUUCUGACAUCGAACCUGGGCGCCGAUAUCCUUGUCGGGGCCGAUCCGAUCCACCCAUACAAGGAGACACCGGACGGAGACAUCCAUCCCGACAUCAAGAAGGCGGUCAUGGACGUCGUCUCGUCGCAGUAUCCGCCGGAAUUCCUCAACAGGAUUGACUCGUUCAUCAUCUUCAAGCGCCUCUCUCUCCAGGCGCUUCGGGGCAUUGUCGACAUCCGUCUCGGGGAACUCCAAGAGCGUCUGAACGACCGCCGCAUUACCCUUACGGUGCCCGACGAGGUCCGGGAGUGGCUGGCUGAGAGAGGAUACGAUCCCAAGUUUGGUGCCCGUCCGCUGAACCGCCUGAUCACAACCGAGAUUGGCAAUGCCCUUGCGGACAAGAUUAUCCGCGGCGAGGUCAAGUCGGGAGAUGUCGCUGUUGUCGGGAUCAAGGAAGACCGGACUGGUUUGAUGAUACAGAGCCAACCAAGCGGUGGGCAAUAG